AAGCUGCGUUAUUAAGACAAAUUUGAGAAGUGAAUGGCGCAUUACAAGGCCAAACAGAAAGAGUCAAUAGAGAGAGAGGGGGAGGAACGGAGAUCUGUUUGGCUUCCAAGAAAAAAGAAGCCUCGACUUUCUUGCCGUCCUCAGUCCGAGAGAAAACAAUAAUAAAUAGACAAGAUGAUGUCCGGCGGGAAUUAUACCACCAUCGAUAACCAGAAAAUCUCCGGAUCCGUACCUGCGGUUUCAGAUCCAGGUCAGGUCACCGUCAAAUUCGCAGAUUCAAAUCUUGAAACAUUUCCUCCAUCUGAGGCUCAGGGGAAGAUCUCUGGUGCUUCACGGCCUCCUCGCGAUGCUGACGAAACAUUCUCAAAACCAGUACCUGGUUCUGAUGAAUCUCCGCCAAGUGGCUGGUUACGCUCAUUUACAGUUGCUGCAUAUAAACCUUACUUUGAUGUUGACACCUCAGAUGUUUUAGAGAGGAUUAAAGAUUCACUCUUUCCAUUUAAUGGAAGCUUUUCUGAAAAGGUCGCAAGCAACCCAGAUUUGUAUGGACCAUUCUGGAUAUGCACUACCUUAAUAUUUGUGGCAGCUUCCAUUGGCACAUUUGUCACCUAUGUGGCUCACAAAAUACAGAAGAAAGAAUGGGACUAUGAUAUAAACCUGGUGACUUGGUCUGCUGGUUUAUUUUAUGGCUAUGUCACAAUUAUUCCUCUCGGGUUGUAUAUAAUUCUCAAAUAUUUCUCAGCCCCAUCUGGCCUUGCCCAGCUAUUAUGUCUAUAUGGCUACUCCCUGUUUAUCUUCAUUCCUGCUUUGUGUCUAUCCGUUGUGCCUCUGGAAUUGUUCAGAUGGGUGGUUGCUGGUGUAGCUGGGUUCUUGUCGGCAACCUUUGUGGCCCUCAACCUCCGAGCCCACAUUAAGUCAGCAGGUGAAAGAUGGUUUUUAAUUGUAGCUGCAAUAUUUUUAUUGCAGUUGGCUCUGGCUGCUGUACUGAAGAUCUACUUGUUCACCGUCACAGUGUGAGAGUAAACUGGUUUUCAAAUAAGGUGGCUAUCAACAAAUUUUAGAUCUAUGAGAGAAACAGAUUUUGGUCCUCCUUUACUGGAUGUAUUCUUCUUCAGAUAGAGAACCUCUUUGUAUUCAUUCAUUUGUGACAAUAUGAACUAACAUUAAAAAAAAUUGUAUGCACUUCCUCCUUUUCCCAACUCAGAUUAAGACCAUGAUGUAAAGUGAUAGGUGAAUGCAUAGAGUGGGAACAUAUCGUUAUCUGCGUGAA